UGUCUCUUCGGAAGUGCCCCGUACAGUUCACAGUCACUGCAGGAGCUGUUGGAUAAGAUUCGAAACAACCGGCGGAUCGAGAUUCCCAAAAACCAGCGUAUCUCCGCAGAAUGUGAGGAUCUCCUAUCUCGACUGCUUCAGCGGUCGCCCCAUGAUCGAAUGUCGUUUGAUGAAUUCUUCAAACAUGCUUUUCUCGAUUUGGACCAUGCACCUUCUGAGGAAAACCUAGAGAAGGCCAUCGAACUGAUCAACAAAGCUAUCGAUUUAGAUAAAGAGCAGAAUUAUGAUGCAGCCUAUCAGCACUACUGCCGUGGCUUGCAAUACUUUGUUCCGAUUAUACAAGCUGAGACCAGUCCAUCUAAGAAGCAAAUCCUUCGGAAGCGAGUGCAAACCUACCUGAAUCGGGCAGAGGAAAUCAAACAUUCCUUUCGUGCUGAAGAGGACGCACCCUCCGCAACGCAAGAUCCAUCGACUUCGUCGAAGAUUGCUGUUGAGCCGCGAAAAAUUUCGUCCCGCUCGGAAAUGAUUCAUCGUGCCCUCGAACCGACCGAUCUGUACAAGCAGCUCUUUGCAUUGGCCAGUUCCAGUCCGGAGCUUAAAUCCGCCCUGGAGAUUGGUCGUCAAGCGGAGCUGUACGCUUUGGAGAAUCGACUGGAUGUAGCACUGGAGUCGUACAAGACCGUACUUGGAGCGCUGAUGCCUCUGCUGACGGCGGAACCACGCGGUUCUAAGCGUCGAGAGCUUUUGCACCAGCAAAUCGUACGCUGGAUGGAAGAAGCGGAACAGAUUAAAACCGUCCGAUCGGCGCAGAUCUUGGAGGAGAUGGAGAAUGGCACCGCCAUUGGUUAUGCUUGCUGUGUGCAGUGAUGGAUGGCUUGUUUGGCAUUUUAUUCCAUUAUUUGAUAGACUGCUUUAAUACUAUAUGAAGGUUUCUUCUUGUGCUUGAUAUGUUCGGUAAUUGAUUCGUAAAAUCAUAGAUAUUAAACGUUUCUUUCAAGUGACAA